CGUAAACAUGCUUAAUCUUUGGAAGAGAGCUAAUUGAAGGAUCCAUUGUUUCCAAACUAGAGGGUUUGCCUUGAAUGAAUCCAAGCGUCUCAGAACUGUCAGACAAAGAAUUAGUUAUACCCAUAAAGAUCUAACUAACACUAGCAAUUUCCGAGAUAAUUAUUUUGACAAAGAGCUAAAGUUCAGACAAGAGUCUCUGAAAACAACCAAAACACUUACACAAGAUGAUCCUGAGACCCUUACCUUCUCUGAAUCAAUGAGAAAGCGGAAAGCAGCCAGGAGUCAUACCUAUUUCAGACCAGUUGAUGAAAUCGUAGUUGAGAGUAAUAAAAACCUGAGGAAAGCAAUGUCAACAAUUAUUGAUGAGGUCGAACGCCAAAACACAAAGACCCUCAAAUCUAAAAUCUUCUUGCUAGACCAUACAGCUGAAGUUCUUGAGAAUUUUAGAAGAGUUCAGGAGUACAAAAUUUGGAAGCAUGAACUUCAUUAUCAAAGGGAGCGUUUAGUGGCUCUCAAGAAAGAAUCCUUAAAGUAUGAGAAUCUAAUUGAUAACUAUGAAGCCCUGUAUGGCACAAGAGGUUACCUAGAAGACACAGCUAAUGAACAAGAUCACUACAAGCAUCAAUUAAAGGACUUUGUAGAUAACAGAAGGCUCUAUCACCAAGAAAAACUCAAAUAUGAAAUCCUUGAUGGAGAGAAAAUUAAAUUAAUGCAAGCAGGCCGAGAUCCUGAUGAAGCCAAGAUUGAGGAAAAAGAGCAGGAGUUAUUCCCAAAAUAUGAAGAGGACCGACAGAAAUAUGAAGAAUACAAGAAAUCCCUUACAUCAGAGCCAACUCCUUAUCAAAAUUUUGAGAAAAAGACAAAAGAGUUGAAGAAUUUGAGAAUAAAGUCAUUUUUAAAAGACAGAAAGCAUAAUAGAGUUUUACAAAAAUAUUUAGAAUCCAGAGAAGAAAGUGAUGGCGAGCAGAUGCUCAUAGAAGACGAUAAUGGUGAUGAAAUAAUGGAAAUAGAGCAUGAAGAAAAUCCUCUAGGAUAUCAUUUCAAUGGCUUACCUUCUGAAAGUCACCGACAGAGACUUGCUAGAGAAAUCGAGGAAUACAAAACAUCUCUUGUCGAGCAAUACAGAGAGUUAGAUAUUCAUAGAAAAGUUAAGAAAGGGAAGAAAGCAGAGCUCAAAGAACUUACUCUUCAUGAAAACUUGAACUACAUGAAGCACAAUGCUAGGCAUGUCCGUCAAGCAUUUAGAAUUUUCAAACUUGGAGAAUCAAUUUCAGAGAUGCCAGAAUUUGCCUCUGCUAUUAUUCACAGGAUUUCUAAAUCUGAAGAUGUUAUAGUGAACAAAGAGCAAAGAGAUUUAAUGGUUGUACAAGCUGAAUAUAAGACCAUGCUAAAGCUUAUCAAUAGGAAGGCAUCUUCAUUGGACGAUAAGAAUUUGGUUGAUAAUAUUUAUGCUCUUGGAAAAAUUCAUAAAUCUUCUAGAAAACCCAUCAAUCUUCCUAAGUGGCUUGAAAAUUAUACAGAGGAAGUUGCUCUUAGAUGUCCCAAGCUCAACCAUCAUCAUAUAGCAUUUCUAUCGAAAGGAUUAAGAAACCUAAAAUGGAGAAACGUGCCAGGAGAAAAGAAAAUCAGAGAAGCCAUGAAGCUAAGAGUCCAAGAAAUUGCUCCUGAAAUGGAUGCUUACUCUAUCUCUAAAUUUAUGUCAUACCUUCUUACAAUGAAUGAUAUUGACACAGAAGUUAUUUCAGUUGUCCAAGAUCGACUGAUUCAGCUUGCUCAAGAUGGUAGGCUAGAUGACCUUGAAACCUGGGAUUUCAAAGAUAUUCUAGAAUUAAAUUCACUCCUUUGUCAAGAGAAAAAUCAUUUUAUUGAAAGAAUUUGUGAUCAGAGUGAAGAAAUUUUGAAUAACCCAAGGCCUUUAAGUGAUCUAGAGUUAAGAUCACAAGUAGUGAUGAAUGCUUUAGCUCCAUAUAUUUUGCAUAAAAUAUCCGCCCUAGAAGAUGUUUCCUUACCUUUUAAAGUAAAUGAUCUAGCUGAAAUUCUUUAUUGAUACUCUAAUGCUCGACAGUUCUCCCAGAAUGACAUAUUCGAGUUAAUGAGUGACAAAAUUGCAAACUCAGUGAUCCUCAGAGAAGAUUAUGUGUUUCCUGAUGUCAUGAAAACUUGUUGGGCCGUGUCGAAAUUCUACACAAGCAAUGAGAUUGUGAAUUACAAUGCUGAUGUGUCCUCCAUUAUUUAUCCAAGACAUGAAUAUGCAAAAGUUAAGUCUAUUAAGCAUAGAAACUUCGACAAGCUCAUUAAAAUGGCUUUAGAAAAUAAGGAGGAAAUUCAGGCUCAGUACUUGCCUAUGACUCUUUAUGCUUUGGCUAAUGUUGGGUUUACAGACAAAGAGUUCUUUGAUGGAGCAAUCCUAUCUUUAAUUCCAUUUGCUCAUAAUUUAGUAACACCUGAAGACAUUGGAUACAUUAUGCAAGCGAUGGCAAUGAGUGGACUUACAGAAUACAAUAAAUUCUUUGAGGAUACUUUGAGCACUACAUUCUCUAAAAUUCUCAGUUCAAAAGAUAUUAAGCAAGAGCUAUCUAUCGGCCAGAUUUUCUGAAGUAUGGCAUUCCUAAAUGUGAAUCAUGAAAAUAUUGAGAACUUUGAUUACAACAUUGGAAACUUAAUAAAUCUACUUCCUUCUCAGAUUUCUGAAGACCAUGUGUUUAUGAUCCCACCAAUGUUAUGGGGACUUGUGUAUAUGAAAUAUUACGAUGAAGAUUUGUUUACAAAAUCAAUGGAGAUUCUUAAUAACUCAAAGCAAUCCAUCUUGAAGUCUGAUACUAUUCUUCUCAAUCAAGUUUUUAAUGAGCUUCGAUCUGCAGGAUUACUCAAAAGAAGAGAUUUUUCUGAACUUCAGCAGCUCUGCAGAGAACAAUCUCUAAAGUACGAUGAUGAACUAUAUAAAAAGAGAAGAAAAGAAAUUAUCUCUUACAAAGGAAGAGACAUUGAGCAGGCUAUUACUGAUGCUCAUAUUAGAGCAGAUCUUCCAUUGCCAGAAUUUCAUGUCCCUCAUUACGACCUGGGCUACACUUCAUUCCUUGAAUAUGGAGACAAACUCGUUUUCUUGGUAGAUCCCAUGAUCAAAAACAAUGACAACCAGUUAAACGGAUACCAAAAAGGAAAGUUACAGCAGAUCUCAGAGUACUGCUACCAGAACAAGAAACAACUAGUAAUAAAGGAUGUUGAAGAAAUCGUGGCCGCAAUUAGAAGCCAGAAGCCCAAAGAAGACUCAGAUAAAGGCAUUGAAAGUGUCUUGUUUGAACUCUAUGCAAACUAAUUCAAUAACUCCCUCUACCAGU